AUGACUUGGAUGCGUGUACUGCAAGCUCUAGUGGCCAUUGCAGCAUCGGCUUAUGGUGUUUCUAUCACAAUUGAUCCUGCUGGCAGUGCACAACCACGAGAAGCUCAGCUUGUGCGCAAAGACGUGAGACCGAAGCCGCACACCUGCGAUGACAAGACAGCCUGCGGAGGCUGUCAGGGGUUAGAGCAGUCGGCCUGCGAGACUGCUUGCUGGAUUGAUCAGGGACAGAACCGCCAAUGCGCUCCGGCUUUUGUGCCCUCGCCGUUGGGACGAAUGGGACGAGUAAUCACUUUCGAGGGACUGGGAGCAGCUCAUGAUCAAUUUGUUUGUGCAGUUUGCUUCGGCCUGGCCACGUACGCAACAGCAUGCCGGGUCGUUACGAAAGCUCCCUCCGGGGAUUCGGCGCGGUACGGUGUGGGUCCCGUUUGGGUCCCGUAUCGUGGCGUCACGGGUGAGGUCCUCUUCAUGUGGCGGUCCACACUUUGGAUCGCAAUUUCUUUGGUGUUGGCUAGGGCCGAGCCAGAGGGAGCGGUGCAAUGUCCUUGCUACAACAUCACCCGUGACGACUAUGGCUUCGGCUGCGAGGCUCAUGACAUCAAUGGGUGCAACACGAGUUCGGCACCUGCGUGGUGCAGUGACAGUUGGUGCUACGUGCAGCCCUCCGCUUGUACAGUUACUCAUGAGAUGAGUAGCUCUAUUCCAGGACUUGCGUGGUCUUACACAACCUGUGGCUUUCGUGAUGCGUUCUCGCGUAGCAACAUUACAGAGAGCCUCCGUGGCCAGACUCUGCGAGUGCAGUUCUUGGGCAACACAGGCGGCUGGAAAGGCAACUAUUGCCCCGGUUUUGCCGGUCAGCCGUGUGAGGGGCAAAGGGGCUACGGACCCGUCGGGCGUUUCUUCGACCUGGUGGCCGGCAACGCUGGGAUCACAGUGCAGCAGGUUACAGCGGUGCCCGACCCCGUCCGAGACCAGUUGGAGCGCAUGGGCCAGCGCUCGAAUUUUGACCUUUGUAUUUGGGCUACUGGAAUGGGAUACCUGGAUGUUUGUGUGGCUUCGCUGGUGAUGUUGCCGAGACGAACCGAUGCUUCACCCUUUGUGAAUCUUUGGUCGGAGCCCACCAUCUUGGUCGGCCCAGUGGUGGACACGGCCGAAGACGUUUCCUUCAGUGAAAUGCUUGGUGCAGCCUUUCGACCCUUCAGUCCCAAUCUUUGGCUUACGUUGCUGGCUGUCGUCACAUCGAGUUCUCUUAUCAUCACAUACUUCGAAACGUCUCCGGAUGGACAGUUCAACGACUUGCAUGGCAAGAGGGAGAAGGCUGCAGAAGCAGUGUACCGGGCAUUCUACAGCCUCUUCAUGUGCGAGUCUCGGUUCGAGCCUUGCACGUUGGGCGGUCGGAUUGUUGGUCUCGGCCUUGCCUUUAUGUGCAUUCUGUUCGUUUGUGGAUACACAGCCACUUUGGCCUCGUUUCUGGUUGAGGAACGACGCCUUGCCCCAAGUGUGGAGAGCAUUCAGGAUGCCAUCAGACUCAACUACAAGAUCUGCGCCCACCCAAGCCACUCAAUAACCCUGCAGGUAAACGGUGUACCUACGGCCAACAUUGUGGAAGUCCCCGUUCGGUCGGAGAUUCUGCCUGCAGUCAGCGUGGCGAGUGGCAGUACCUGCCAGGUUGCCGUCCUUUCGGAGGAAGACUUCGUGUCUGCCCAAUCGUCCAAUGGUGGCAGCUUCUGUGGUCUCGAAAGAAUCGGUGGUGCAAUUGGCUCUCACAUGGUGGGCUUGUCCGUUUCGGACAAGUGGGCGCGCCAGUUAAAUUAUGCUGUGAGCUCUGCCGCUGCAGAUGGCCAAGUGCAGCGGGCCAUCAAUGAGCAUCAGCCCACGGACUACUGCACCAACAUCAACGCCGAGCUCCGUAAUAGCAGCCAGCCGGUGGCUUUGACAGUCCAGGGUAUGCUGGGACCCUUCGUCGUCACCAUGCUCUUUACGAUCCUGGGUAUCGUGGCACAUGUGUCGCGCCUGGUCCUGUUCAAAACCAUCGAGGAAGGCAGGAAGGUCAGCCGCCAUGGCAACUUUCGCGACGGUCUCAUGGAGAUUGCGGAAGACAUCCACCGGGUUGCUUCAGGGCUGGUUCAUCCAACCUUCAGUUCGUCAGAGCAUCCCUCGGAAGAGCUCGGACCGGUUCAAGGGAGCGAGAGCUUGAGCCCAGAUCAGAAUCAGCAGGGUUCCAAGGCACUGGGGGCGCUCCUACGCUCUCAGCAGUCAUUCCUUGACGUGCAGGUGGCAGGGCGUGAGCAGACGGACCAAAUCUUGAGGAGAUUGGAGAAGAUUGAGCAGAGCCAACUUUACUUUGAGACGGCCCUGUCUUCCCUUUUCCGACAGCGAAUCUGCUGUACGCAGAACUGCGGGAUGCCACAAAGCUGCUUCGAAAUCCGGAAGUUCGCAGCCCCCGAACGCCGCGCGUUCUCCCAGUGGAUGCUCAGGAGCCCAGUCUCAAGGCGGUCUUCAAGCUGCGGGGCAACCAGCCCAAGGAGUGGUCUCCGGGAAGCGACUCCGUCACAGCCGAGACCGUGGUCAAGGGAGCACAUGCACAACAGAAGACUUCCUUCGGCAUCCUUGCGACACACAAAAAGAAGCACAUCAGGUCCAUGUACUCGCCGAGGGACUUGUACUCCUAUCCACCCAGCAUCAACAGUGAGAUUGGUUGGCACUUAA